AUGACUGAUAUCGCGACUACUGAGUUUCUCAACGAAUUAAGGUCCUUGUAUCCUGCACAAGCCAAAUAUGUCGACAGUGGCUGGUACAUAGCCGCUGCAGUAGCAUUCAGCUCGAGCAACCGCCCUGAAGCCGUCUCAUGUGUCUUCCGCCAUGCUCUCGAGGAUCUUGAAAAACUCCCUGACACCUCAGAUGAAGAUCGCAGGUUGCUCGUGCGGAAGAUGAGGGAGGGUAUAUUCAAAUCUGCCUUGCUCUCAGGUUUUCCCAAAGUUAUCUACGCUCUCAUUUCGCUGUAUGAAGCCACCCCCGAAGAGUUUCGAGACACCGAGCCUAUGCGCGACUUCACUCGAUCGAAAGAGGAAGUUGCUGCUUCUGGUCAGGGAUACUUUGAUUCGCAAUAUGGUGAUACCGCAGCGGAAAUUCAGCUCUUGCUUCGGUCCAUAUACCCAGACCUCGAACAUGUCAUAACGACACUCGGGUACGGGUAUGUAUACUCCUUCUUGGAAGUGAUCUCAUCCAAGGAGACGUCAUUCGCCAUUAUUUCUGCAUUGAUCGCAACCGACAUGCUCAGUCCGGUUGAACGGCAGCUCACUGGCGCUGUUCGCAAUGGUGCAACAGUUGAGGAGGUCAGAGGUGUACGGGAAAUUGCACUGAGAAUUGCGAUGGCGGCGGGCGUCUUGAAACAUGAAGUUCCUAAUAUUUGA